AUGCGUGGCCAAAAUGGCUGCCAUACCCAGCUUCCGGAUCAGUCCAUCAGCUCCGAAGACACGCAUGGUGACGAUGUCGUGGGUGGCGGCAUCCAGGCCGCUCAGUACAUCAUCCAGGACGGCGAUAGGCUUGCGCGCAUAAAAGGCAGUUCUUACCAGGCGUUGCUUCUGCCCACCGCUGAGCGAAACCCCUUUGCUACCGACAUUCGUCGCGUCACCGUCCGAUAA